AUGAAUGGAUAUAGUUGGGAACAAUUAAUUGUUAAUCAUUUACCACGAUUAAAAUAUUUUCAUUUAAAAAUGAUAUUUCGUCUUAAUGAUCAUGAUAAUAAAGAACAACGAGUUGAUGAUUUAUUGAAUUCAUUUCGAACACAAUUUUGGCUUGUUAAACAUCAAUGGUAUAUUCGAUGUGAUUGGAAUCGUUGUGAACAAUGUGAUAAGAAUAAUAUUUAUCUUUAUACAUUACCCUAUGCUUUCCACUCUUAUUUUAUUCAUGAACCGAACUUUAAAUCAAAAUCUACUUGCCAUUUAGAUAAUGAUUAUUCAUCAUAUGAUAAUGUUCAUACUCUUGGUUAUGAACUCGUUCCUACGACUAAUCAAAUUUUACCUUUCUUUCGCUUCGUGAAUCUUCGACAUUUGGAUUUAUAUCUUCCUUUUGAUAAGCAUUUCAUUAUUAUGAUACCUAAACUUGAUCAAUUGAUUUCAUUAUCAGUAGCCCCGUAUCAUAUAGAUGAUAAUUUGAAUUUUGAUGAUCAAUUACAAACAUUACUCGAUCAAUCACCACAUCUUACUUCAUUAACAUUCAAGAAUUGGUCAUUGUCGAAACGGAGACCGCCUUACGAAUAUUCAAAUCAAUCAAUUCAUCAACUUAAUUUACAGGAUAUUGAUCAAUGGUAUAAUACUGAACAAUGUGGUCGAUUAAUUCAUUCAUCAUUAGGUAAACAAUGUCAAAUACUUUCAAUAGCUGUUGAAAAUCGUCAAAAUAUACUCAAAUUGAUUCAUGGAAUGUUUGAUCUACGUGUUUUGAAUGUUCUAUGUCGAGAUGAUAUAUUGAUAGAGAAGAAAAACAAUUCUUCAUUAUUAUCAACAACUGAUGAAUGUAUCGAUUGGCUUCAACAAUAUUUACCAUCAACAUGUACAAUCAUUAGAGAUAAUGAUAUUAUAAAAGACAAACAACAAAUUUCAUAUAAACCUAUUCGUUUAUGGAUUCAAUAA